AAUGGUGGACCCGGCUAUAGCUUAUUAACUAGAGCGAUGCUCGAAACGGGACCUUUUAGGGUGCAAGUAGACGGCACUCUAACACACAACGCAGGAUCAUGGGCCGAGUUUGGGAAUAUGCUAUUUGUCGAUAACCUAAUCGGCACUGGAUAUAGCUUUGCUCCUCCUAAACUCUUCGCCUCCGAGCUUAAACAGGCCGCCGAAUCCAUCAUCGCAUUUCUUGAGAACUUUUUCGACGAAUUCCCACACUAUGCUAGUAACAGUUUAUACCUGGCUGGAGAGUCUUUUGCUAGUCAAUACAUCCCGUACAUCGCUCGGGCCAUCCAACUGCGCAAUCGCAACAAAGUUAGCCACUGGAAUCUAUCUGGACUGAUGAUAGGAAAUGGGUGGAUGGACGGACAAGCACAGUACCCUGCCUAUCUGGAUUAUGCCCUAGCCAAUGAUCUUGUUCCAAAAGAUUCAUUGGAAGCUCUCAAGCACAAACAGGGAGCGUGCCUAGAAGUGUUGGCCAGUGGAGGGAGAGAUCACGUUCGCUCUCCCAAAUGUAAGGAUCUGAUGGGAGAUAUCCUGAUGCUUAGCCAGAGAGACGGCAACUGCUUCAACAUGUACGACGUGCGCAAAUGGGACGAAUUCCCCCGAUGCGGUCUAAACUUCCCUCCAGAACAGACCAGUCUCUCUGAGUAUAUGCAGCGCAAAGACGUAGUGGAGAUACUGCAUGUAGAUCCCGACUCAGGCCAAUGGGUAGAAUGCCGACCAGAUGUCGGAGCAGCGUUCACCGAUCAAGACUCCUUACCUUCGUCCAGAUUACUUCCGGACCUCAUCAGCGAGAUGUCUGUUCUGCUAUACGCAGGUGACAAAGACUUUGCUUGCAAUCACCUCGGACUAGAGCGAUUCAUUCAAUCACUGGAAUGGAAUGGUACUGCAGGACUACACAAUCUGCACAUCGAUCAUUCCUUACAUGCCACAUGGGUCGUUGACGACCGGGCUGUUGGGGAAUGGUAUUCAGCGCACCACUUGACCUAUGUGAGACAUUAUGACGCAUCACACAUGGUUCCCUAUGAUCACCCUCAACAAGUCAAGCAAAUGAUCCAUCGAUUCUUGGAGAAGAGUGUUCAGAAUGCAGAGGCCAAGUCCUUAAGCCAUGUCGAUGCAGGAAUCACGUUACAAUCUAGUCAGGAGAGAUACGCCCCCGAUUGGGGUUGGACACUAUUCUGCAUAUUAGCUUUAAUCGCUAGUUUCAUGAUAGUUAUGAUGGUCAUCGAAGCAAGGUCAUGUCUUUACAAAUAUGUGUAUUAA